AUGGCAAAACUUUCUCUACUAUAUCUUUUAUCUACACUCGUGGCCUAUGCUGCCGCUGAUGACGAAGUUCUUCGGCACCCAAAGCAAUCAUGUGCCCAUCUCAAGGCGCCAUGCAUCCCUGGUGCCGAAAUCAUAUCGAUUAAUGGGACAGAAUUAUGGAAUUAUACUGUCCCCGCCGUCCCAGGGCUUCUCCCAAGCCCAGUUUCCGAUCUGGAUAUAUGUGCCGUCGACGUGGUUCUUACUCAUCCAGGCGCACAUGACAAAGUCCUCGUCAAAGUCUGGAUGCCCCUAGAGGGUUGGAAUGGGAGAUUUCAAGCCAACGGGGGAGUCGGCUACGCAGCCGGCGAACUGGAUCUUACCCUAGGCCCUACCAUUAAGCAGGGAUACUCCUCCGCAUCUACUGAUGCUGGUGUAGGCUUCAACCCAUCGUCGCCUGAGGCCUGGGCCUUACGACCAGACGGUUCCGUGAACCGAGAUGCACUCGUCAAUUUCUCCUAUCGUUCAGUCCAUGAUAUGGCGUUGGUCGGCAAGGAGAUUACGGAGCAAUUCUAUGGCCAGAGGCCCAAAUACUCAUAUUGGAACGGAUGUUCAACAGGCGGACGACAGGCAAUGGUUGCAGCGCAGCGAUACCCAGAUCUCUUUGAUGGGAUACUAGCAGGUGCUCCUGCAAUCUACUGGACAACAUAUGUAAUUGCAGAGCAAUGGCCGCAGGUGGUUAUGAACAUGGAGAAGUCGUUUCCUUCGCCUUGCGAGCUAAAGGCAUUUACCGACGCCGCUAUUGGUGAAUGCGACGGAUUGGACGGCGUCAUCGACGGCGUCCUCAGUGAUCCAGAUGGUUGCCACUUUAACCCAUACGCACUGGUUGGACGAAAGAUUUCCUGCGAUGGGGUGAAUGUGACUAUCACAAAAGCAACCGCCAGGGUUGUUCAGAAAGUACUCCAAGGCCCCUUUGGACCAGAUGGAGAGUCAAGGUGGUAUGGUCUGAAUCCUGGUGCUGCGUUAGACAGCCUUACGAACACCAAUAUAACCCAUGGGAAACGAAGCGGCCUUCCCUUUUUCGUUAACGAUGCUUGGAUUAGAUACUGGAUCGCGAAAGACCCCAACUAUGAUCUAAGCAAAAUCGACUAUUCCACACUAGAUCGGCUAUUUGCCCAGUCAGACAAAGAAUAUGACGCCAUCAUCGGGACUGAUAACCCUGACCUUUCCGGAUUUCAGAAGUCGGGCGGGAAAUUGCUAAUGUGGCACGGCCUUUCCGAUCAGCUCAUCUUUCCCAAAGGAACGGUCGAAUACCGGAAUAGAGUUGAGCGACUGAUGGGUGGCUCUGAAAAUGUGAAUGAGUUCUUUCGGCUUUUUCUUGCUCCUGGCGUGGACCAUUGCGCAGGCACUCCGUCGCUCGGGGCGGUGCCCACGGAUCCGCUUGCGGCGCUGGUAAACUGGGUGGAAAACAAGAGGGCGCCUCUCAGUUUGGCCGCGAAGAUAGCGGGAUCUCAAGGUGGCGCUCGCAUUAUCUGUCCUUAUCCCCAGAUUGCCCAGUACAUCGGAGGAGACACAAAAUCCGCCAAUAGUUUCAAGUGCAUCUGA